ACAUUAUACGCAAUUUGAUAUUGUUAAUUUUUUGUAUAGAAGAUCAUUCUAUUCUAUUCCAUUUUAGUUUAAGAUCCUGGAACAAAAUCAAACCAAAGAAUGUUCCAUGGAUUAGAUCUAAACUAAGAAAUUAAUAAUGAAAAAGAAGUGCUUCAAUAAAUUUCUCAAAGUAUUUCAUUUAAUCCAUAGAAAGAAGUAUCAUCUAAAUGAAAAUGAAUUCGUUUCAGUACAUCCUUAUGGAAUAUCUUCUAUUAGUCCAUUACCAAAAGGUAUAUUCAAUAAAGAAGGAUCUAUGGAAGGUGAUGAUGGUGAUGAUGAAGAUGAAGAUGAUCAUGAUGAUGAUAACAAUGAAAUCUCAUCGAUUUUUUCUAUUCCAACACAAAGAAUGCAACAUAAUUCAUUGAAUUCACAUAAGAAUAAACAUGAUGUCAUUCAAUAUGUUCUAGGUGAUCCACAGACGAUGAUGCAUCAUUUAACAAAGAAGAUUAAACAAAAAAUACCACAAUUAUCUAAUAAAAAUAUAAUGAAUAGUACUAAAACAAAUAAAGUAUCUAUGGAGAAGUUGAAUAACUUGACGACGCCCCAACAGCAACAACAACAUACUACUACUACUACUACUACUACUAGUACUUCUUUGAAUGAGAAAUCAAUAAAAGAACAAUCCAAGAAGGAAUUAGAACCAAAACAUCUGGACAAUGUUAAAACAAAUGAAGUCUCUAUGGAGAACUUGGAUAACUUGACUCCUCCUCCUCCUCGUCCUCAACCACAACAUACUACUACUACUACUACUACUACUACUACUACUACUACUACUACUACUACUACUACUACUACUACUACUACUAGUACUUCUUUGAAUGAGAAAUCAAUAAAAGGACUAUCCAAGAAGGAUUUAAAACCAAAGUAUAUGAAUAAUGUUAAAACAAAUGAAGUCUCUAUGGAGAACUUGACGACACCCCAACAACAACAUACUACUACUACUGCUACUAGUAGUAGUAGUACUUGUACUAGUACUUCUUUGAAUGAGAAAUCAAUAACGAAACUAUCCAAAAAGGAAUUAAAACCAAAACAUAAUGAUAAACAACAAAAAGAUAAAAGCUCAACGAAAACAAUCUCUUCAAUAAACAAAUCCAAUAAAUCUCAUAAAGAGAUUGAUGAAGACAAAUUGAAACGAAAAAAGACGAAACAAUCGAAUAUACAUAGACAAACAAUAAACAACGAAUUGAUUGAUAAAACAAUGACUAAAUCAAAUAAGAAUGAUCCAACUAUUCAAAGAGAACAUAAUACCAUUGAACUAUUAGAUCCAAUCAAUGUUAAAGACAAUACAAUGAAACAAACUGAUGAUCUAAUCAAUAAAGACUUAUCUAUUGAAACAAUUAAUAAAUCAAUAAAGAAUGAUCUAAAUAUUCAUGAAGAACAGAAUACAAUUGAAAUAUUAAAUCCAAUCAGAUCGAUUGAAUCAAUUCAUUAUCCAAUAAAUAUUGCCAUGGCAACAAUCGAUCAUAUAAAUAUUCCGUUAGAAACAAAAAAUCAAUAUAUUGAAAAUGAUUUCAAAAGUUUAAAAAUAUUAAAUAAUAAUAUUCUUCAUUAUAUUGAUUUAAUAGAUAAUAAUCAGAAACAAAUAGAUUAUAUCAUAGAGAAAGAAAACAAAGAUAAGACACUGGAAGGUAACCAUGACAACAAUCUAGAUCAUAAUGUCUAUUCAAUGACAAAAAAAGAGAAUGGAAUUCAAACCGAUCAAGAAUCUCAAGUUAUAUCAAUGUUUAAUGUAGAUCAUCCAAAAGAGAUCUCAUCUAAACAAAUUCAUCAUAUAGAAAAGAUAACAAGAGAUUAUCUUGAUAAUAAUUAUAAGAAUAAAUUAAGAACUAUUCAUAAUGAUCAGAAUAGAUCUAUUGAAGAGAAAGACUGUACAAAUUGUGAACAAUCAAAACAUGAAUCAUCUAGUGAAACCUUCUCGUCAUAUCCAACUUAUUCAUCAAUAAAUCAUGAUGAUGAUAAAUGUGAAUCGAUACAAUGGUAUCAUAAUCAACCAUAUCAUCAUCAUGAUCAUCAUUCAAUUCAUCAUAACUGUAUGCUUAGGGAUUCGACGAAAUCUCCACGAUUAUAUUCAUGUUAUUAUAAACAUAAUGAAUGGAAUAAUUCAUCAAAAAGAUUAAAACAAUUGAAUACAAAUCCACUGAAACAUCAAUAUGGAUGUUACUAUGGCAACUCUUGUAAACAGGACCAUUUCAAUAAAUAUCGAUAUUCAUAUCUUAAACGAUAUUUAUCUCCUCAAACGAUAAAAUUAUUAAAGAAAGAAUUAAAGUAUAGAUUACCAUUUAGAGAUCGACAUUAUUUAAAUCGAAAUGAUCAAAAUGAAUAUUGUCAAUGUAGUACAUCAUGUUCACCAUCUAAAGAAUAUGAUACUUCUUUGAUGAAUCUGAAUCAAUUGACUCAUUCUAAUAUACCAUCCAAUUCAUUUAAUCCAAUACAACAAUCAUCAUUCAUGAAUAACAUUAUAAAUCCUAUGAAUAUACCAUCAUGGUAUAGUUUAAAUGUACCAAUGAUAAUAACACAACCACGAUUUAUCAUAAGACAUAUCCCAAUACCAAUGAUUAUUCCACAAUGUUCUACUAGAACAAUUCAAUCAAUGAAUUCAUAUCCAUUAUCUACAAUCAAUCCAUAUGUUUAUCCGGAUGAUAUAACUUCUAAUAUAUCACAACCAAUACAUUAUAGUCUACCAUAUUAUCAAUAG